AGAGGGCGCGGACCCUGCGCGUGGGCGCCCGGGUGCCGCGGGCCCUCGGCGCUGAAGCCGAGCGAGCCGCCGCACGCGCGUGGGCGAGUCCUCCCCGUGCCCGAGCUCCCGCCGGGAACCGAGGUGCGGGAGUCCCGGGGAAGCCCCGAGCCCUCCCGCGGUGAGCACCGGACUCCACUUCCGGAAAUGAGCUGCACGAUUGAGAAGGCGCUUGCUGAUGCCAAAGCCCUUGUGGAGAGGCUGAGGGACCAUGACGACGCAGCAGAGUCUCUCAUCGAGCAGACCACUGCCCUCAGCAAGCGAGUGGAGGCAAUGAAGCAGUAUCAGGAAGAAAUCCAAGAACUUAAUGAAGUUGCAAGACAUCGGCCAAGGUCCACACUAGUUAUGGGAAUCCAGCAAGAAAACAGACAGAUCAGAGAAUUGCAACAAGAGAACAAAGAACUGCGCACAUCCUUGGAAGAACACCAGUCUGCCUUGGAGCUGAUAAUGAGCAAGUAUCGAGAGCAGAUGUUCAGGUUGCUGAUGGCGAGCAAAAGAGACGACCCAGGUAUAAUAAUGAAGUUAAAAGAGCAACACUCAAAGAUUGACAUGGUGCAUCGUAGCAACUGCGAAGGAGUCUUCCUUGAUGCAUCUCGGCACGUCCUUGAAGCACCUCAGCAUGGACUGGAGAGGCCGCACUUGGAAGCAAAUCAGAAUGAGCUGCAAGCACACGUUGACCAGAUCACCGAGAUGGCGGCAGUGAUGAGAAAAGCCAUUGAAAUCGAUGAGCAGCAGGGCUGCAAGGAACAGGAGCGAAUGUCUCAACUGGAACAAGAAAACAAAGGCCUGAGAGAGAUCCUUCAGAUAACACGAGAGUCCUUUCUCAACCUUCGAAAGGACGAUGCGUCAGAGAGUACAUCUUUAUCUGCACUAGUGACCAACAGUGACCUGAGUCUGAGGAAGAGCUGAAAGGGCUUCUGUGUGGUCCCAAGGAUGAGUGGACAUAAAACCCAACUUCAGUCAGCCCGUUUUCCUCUACAGUAUGCACAAGUACACUGGCAAAGAGACAGAACAGAAGAGUGUAUAAUGGUCAUAAACUAGAUCCCAACACAAAAGACAGGGAGACUGAGCCACUGAGUGAACGGUGAGUGCCCCCCAGUGCCGAGCACUGCGGGUUCAGAAGUGCUGUUGGCUUCAUGGAUGACACACGGGUCACCCUGAAUACCCAAUAAACAUUUGGAAACCCUAAAUUAUCCUAGCUUUAAAUGUUAAGUUUUGCUGUGGUUUUCUGAAUGGAAGACUUGGUUGAAGUCUUAUCCUUGCUGCUGAGUAUCAGAAGCUUAUGUAGCACAAGGCUUCCCAUUGCUCGGUCUCUGUGGAAGACGGAGUUUAAAGGCUCUAAGAAUGUGUUACUCACCCGAGACAAAAGACGUCUACUUACAGUAGACCCCGUUCCCAUGACUUUUAGCUAGCGGAUACCCAUGACCUGCUUGAGUGUGUGCCAUAACAUCUCAGGAAGAAAAGAGACAGAGCUUUACUUUCUAAGAAAGAGCCAUAUAUAGAUACAUUUAGUAGGUUAAACUACUUUGACAGAAAAUGUUUUGGUUCUCGGUUAACAAUGAAACUGUCCUCUACUUGAUGCUUGAGGAGAGGAGACAGCUCACUAGUUAGUGGACAAUUGACAUAUUUAAUGUAACAAGAUGGGUAUGUUCCUCUCUAAGUAUAUUUGGAAUUCCUUUGUUUUUAUUUAGGAAAUUACUCUUCAGAUACUUAAAAAGUAGAUGUAUAUUCCAAAAACAAAGGCCUGGGUCUGAGUCUAAGCUCCAUUUGGUUCUUAUAAUAUGUGAGGUUUUCCCUACAACCCGAGACUCACAAAAGGGCAGUGAAGGAACCACAGACAUUUUCCUUUGCACUUAAAAACAGUGGUGGCACUCGGGAGGCAGAGGCAGGAGGAUCUCUGUGAGUUGAAGGCCAGCUUGGUCAACAGAGUGAGUUCCAGGACAGCCAAAGUGGCGAUAUAGACAAACCCUGUCUCAAAAAAAACAAACAAACAAACAAAAAUAUCAUAUUUAUAUUACGAAAAGCUUUUGAAGAACACAAAAUACAGAAGUGUGCUUUAACACCAGUUGAAGCCUAAAUUGUUUAUUGUGUAGUGACAGAAUAAAAACAUAAAAGAUUGUGAAAUAUUAUUAAAAAUAUACUUGUGUCGAAUACAUAUUAAAAUUAACAUAAAUAGAAAGUUAUAAUUUUGAGUAUGAGUAUAUCAUUUGUUAAGUAUUAUUUUGCAUUGUAAUUUGACAUGCAACUUCAUGUAUUGGCAAAAUUCAAAGGACUUUUCACCUGAAUAAUUGUCAGACUUGAGUUUGAGGUGAGUGGGGUCACAGAGCUGUUAGGAGAGGGCCAGUGCCCUAGAGGUUAGACAGUUCUCAUGCGGAGGCCUUAACAUUUUAUACAUAAGUGAAUUUAGUUUUAAGACUUUCUAUUGGUUUUUGGAACCUUAAGUUAAUGGUACAUUUGUUGAUGCAGUUUUACCCCAGGCCGGAAUUUUAAAAAGAAAGGCUUCACAGUUGAGUCAGAGGCAGUGCAUUGAGCAGCUCUAUUGUAAAACGUUACUUGAGAAGUAAUUAUUUUUUUAUUAAAAAUUAUUUAUCCUUUAUCUUGAAUAUAUUUUAAGGUUGUUGAGUAUUGAAAUACAUUUGCUUUGUUUUUGGCAAGUUUUCCACCCCUACCCCCCCCCCAAAAGAAUAACUUUAAGGUUACAUCUCAGAGUGUGUGCUAUAGAGGAGAGCCCUAUUUUAUCAAUAAAGAUGAGUGUUUAAAACUG